AUGUCUCCCUGCGUCGACUACGCCCCUGACCUUCAUCCUCUUCCAGGAGGAGGAUUCCGUCGUGUAUUUAAACCUUUCACGGGCAGGUAUCUAAUGAAAUCAAAUGGAAAGCCACUUUUAGAUGAGAUGGAAGCUUGCAAAGUUGGGUCUCAGAUCUUGGAAGGGUUUUUGGAGCUGGCUGAUUUGAAUCUCUGGCAUAAUGAUUUCUCGGUCAACAAUUUUGUCGUUGAUCAGGAACUUAAUGUUACGAUUAUUGACCUGGGAGAUGUCAAAUUUGGGCUGAAGGAGGCUGACUUUAUCAAUAACAGACGUGCUUACUUGCUUUUCCAGGAACAUCUAAUGUCACCCGAGCUAGCCAGGGCUUUGUCAGUCCAAGGCUGGUUUAAAAUGUAUCCAGAUGACAAACACGAUAUGCGUCAGGUCAUCAUUUGGAAAUUUGGAGUUAUCUUAUUCGGCAUUCUGCAUGGCUACUGGCCAUGGGAUGGUCAACGUGAAGGGCAGGACAACCUGCUCGAUUUUGGUUCUUCCGAGUCUCAAAUUCCAAGAGUCAUGGAAAGACGAGCAAGAAUUAUGAACGAUCCACUACUAUUGAAUGAGGGCCUCAGUCAGGAUUGUAAAGACGUACUGCGUGCCAUGUUGGCAAGAAAUCCGGAAGAUCGACCGUCCCUGCGGCGACUGGCAAAUUGCUAUCCUUGGUUCUUUCAGUGGACAUACAAUUACCAGUAG